AUGGUCAUGCAGAUCAUGGUCAUGCAGAGCGUAAUACAGGCUCUAAUCGUCAGCGUCGCUCUUUACGCCGCCAUCAAGGACCUGACAAGGAAGGACACACACAAGUGCGGCAUUGAGCACGCCGCAAAGCAUGGGGGAAUCUAUUUCACCCAGAUUGUGCAUCUCAACGUGGUCGUUAUCUCAGACCCACACCUAGCAGCAGAAGUCUUGGACCGCACGAAGACCCCUCACAUGAUUGACAAGCCGACAGAGCCGCAGUUCUACAAGAUGAUGGAUGAGGGCACCGCAGACCCUCCAACACCAUCUCUCAUCUCCACCACAAACGCAGACCCCUACUGGAAGAUUGUCAGGAAGGGGACAUCGCGAGCCUUCACAGUCAACAACCUCAGGGCAGCUUUUGAGGUCAGCAGAAACAUGUCAAAGCGCCUGGUCACCGCCGUCAAGGCAUAUGGAGCUGCCAAGCCCCUUGACUUGGAUGCAGUGGUGCAGAACCAGGCAUUCGACGUGAUUGGGGAGUUCGGAUUCUCCAAAGACUACGAAGCCACAAAAGACCUGUGGAAGGGCUCUGGCGCCAAGGCCUGCAUGGCACUCAAAAACGGGCGCAUGCUUGCCUACCAGGCAGAGAAGCACCAGCAGAGCAAGGUGAGCCUGCUGAGCAUCUUCAAGGACCUCCUGCAGGAGGUGCAGGCCAGGGGCUCCCCAGCUGAGGAGGACAAUUCAAUCGCGGCUCAUCUGAUGCGCACAAGGGACGACAAGGGGCAGCCAAUCCCGGACGUGCGCAUCUGGAGCGAAAUGUACCUGAUCUCACAGCACUCGGAGGUGGAGGCUAAGGUGCUGGCAGAGCUGGAGAGUCUGCAGCUGCUGGCGUCCCCGCAGCUGCCCAGCCCGCGGCCACUGGAGUACGCUGACCUCAGCAAGCUCACCUACCUCUCCUGCUGCAUCAAGGAGAGCAUGCGACUGUACCCGGUGGUGCCCAUGAUAUUCCGCAAGGCCAUGUGUGAUCAGCGCGUGGGCGGUUAUGUCAUCCCCAAGGGCGCCUUCUUCAUUGUCCACAUCAUGGCCACGCACUCCACAGAGCGCCACUGGGAACGAGCAGCUGAUUUCCUGCCGGAGCGGUGGCUGGACCCCAACUGCGAGUAUGUGCGCCCGGUGGAUCCCAAGUCCAGAUACGUGCCGACCGGGCCGGCAGACAUCUUCGCAGCCGACAAGCCUGGCAACGGCAAGACCACCGUUAACUCCUCAAACGGCCACAUCGUCGCAGAUUCGCGUGCAGCCCACAGGCAGGAGCACAAGGUGAAGAGGUGGUUCCCUUAUGGCGAGGGCAACAGGCAGUGCAUUGGCAUGCCCCUGGCCAGGGUCAACCUGCAAGCCUCCAUCGCCUCGCUCCUGUCAACCUUCCGCUUCAAGCUGGCAGACGAGAUGGGUGGGGUGGAGGGCGUGCGGAUGUCUGAGUGCUACAACAUCACUCUGGCGCCCGAGAAGGGUCUCAUGAUGCACUGCAUCCCUCGAGCAAACCAUGCCAACACCUGA